CCUCGACGCGUGCCCCGCCCCGCCCCGCGCGCCCCCGCCCCAAACCCUAACCCUAGCUCCGCGGGCCACGGGCCCCGAGCUAUUGCCUGUGGCGGUUUGCGGGAAGAUAACCGUCUUGUCGCAGACGCCCUGUCUGCGUAAUUUCGCCGGCGAAUCUAGUGGUGUGUGAGCGAUGAAUUCUUUGGCUGCUGCGCUAUUUUGAAGACUCAGCCUGAGCCGCGUUCUAUGGGUGGAAUGAUUGAAUACGGCGUUAGUGUCAGUACCAAGUCUUCACCACGCAGUGUGGCCAUUGAAAAAGCUCAGGAGGAGCUCAGGCAGGAGUAUGAUGUCCGUGAAGAACGGAGGAGGGAGCUGGAAUUUCUGGAGAAAGGUGGCAACCCAUUAGAUUUCAAGGUUGACCGUGUAGAAUCAAUCAGUGUGCAGUCCACUUCUCUCACAGCGGAACAAAAUGUGAUAAGCGAAGCUAAAGGCAGCUUUACGUUUGCUGCAUCACCUCGUGGGGAUUCAGUUGAGAGUAGUGGCAAACCAGGAAGUUCACUGUGUCGCGAAACCAACACAGCAGAUAAUCUUAUGCUUUUUGGUGGUAAUAACAAUGGCGUUGUGAAGGAGAAAGUUGUAAAGAGAGGAUCCAGAAGAGCUAAUGUAGCUCAACCCAGACAGUCUUCUGAGGGCCACAACAAUGUAAAAAGAGCUGAUGAUUCUGGUUUGUCACGCCUUGGAGUGAAGAGCCAGGCAUAUGUUCGACGCAACAGGUCAAAGCAAUGUAGGGAGAGUGCUAACGUGACUUCUGUUACAUCUCCUGUGAUACCUGCUACAGCUUCGGAACCAAAAGAUGCAAGGGGUGUGGUCAAGGAAAAACGAGCAGAUGAUCUUGGUGUAUCCUAUGGUUCAAAUUUAAACCAGGCAGGGCCAAAGUGCGACAAUGGGCCGAAUAAAGCUUCUGACAAACAUGUUACAAUUGAGUUGAAUGGGAUUCAAGCCGUCCGCAAAGGCCACCGCAUAGUAAAGAUCGAACCGGUGGAAUAUGACGAAAUGGUGCCCAAUUAUGUGAAUCGCAAUCAGCAGCCUGAUGAACGUGGGAAGAUAGCUGAAGAAGGUGCAUCAAUAGAACCCCCUGAUGCUACUUCAAAAGCCAUUCUAAGGUCAUCUUAUUCUAGCGCAUGCACACAUGAUAAAACAGAAACAUGUGCUGCUGCUGAGAAGGUUGGCAAUAAUCACCUGGAUGAAGGUAUGGCCCAAGUCCAUGUAGGUGAACUGGAUAACAGCAGUAUGAUUCCUGUCUCUGUUGUCCAAGCUGCCACUUUGCACAAAAAUGUGACAGAUCCAUGUUGUGAAGACAUUGCCAGUACUAUUGACAAUGGAGCAGAUGAUAAUAAUCCAGUUCCAAUGAAUAUUGAUGGAAAAUCGCAUGAAGACCCGGACAUCAGUGGUAUUUCUAGCAAGGCUGGUGGACAACCGGAAGAUUCUAGCAGGCCUACUUCCGUGAUUGGAAAUUCUAGUCCUGUACCACCUGAAGUUAGUACUCGUGCCCGUGUGAAAGUUGAAAUGGAAACUUUUGAUGAUGCAAUGAUUGUACAGAAGGAUACAAGCUGCUCAUAUCCAGGACAAAUUGUGAACAAUAAUGGAGGUCCAGGUUUGGAGAGGAUUGACAGUUGUCAUGGGGAUUCGAACUCCGCCCGUCCUAUCGUUAUAGGCUCUGCUACUUUGGUUGAUUCUACACCAUCAUUAAAAACUGAUGGGUCGAAGGCGGAGAGUGAGAUUCGAAAAAAUGGAGAGAGCGUCAAUAAGAUGACAGACAAGGAACACGAAGAUUCUAUCCUUCGAGAAGCUCGUCUUAUAGAGGUGAGUCUCAAGAGAGCUUGUGAACGAUCUCCAUGUAAUAUAUCUUUAGAAAGGAGGAGAAAGGGUCACUGGGAUUUUGUCCUCGAGGAGAUGGCUUGGAUGGCCAAUGAUUUCAUGCAGGAACGCCUAUGGAGAAUUACGGCUGCAUCUCAAGUGUGCCAUUGGAUUGCCUCCGAUGGUCUGGCCAAGUUUGACCAAGCAAGCAUUCUUAGAAAGCACAAAACUGUCAGUAGAAUUCUUGCAAAGGGUGUCAUGAGUUUUUGGCGUUCAGCUGAGGCUGUCCUAACUACUGUUGGAACAGCUAAAGUGAUGCAAAAAAAUAAUUCAAAUAUGCUAGGAGAGACAAAGCCUACUGGAACCAAAGCUGAGAAACAACAGGGCAAUGAAAGCUUGGAAGCGGAACAGUCUAUACAUCCUCUUCGAUCUCAUAUUCAGGAUUAUGCAGUUCGAUUUCUUGAAUAUAGCAAUCAGGCUUCUGAUUCUGCUGUGUUGACUGAAGCACCACCUACACCUGACAGGCCGAAUGACUUCGGCAUCUUGAAAGUGUCUGAUCAAUUUUCACAGGGAAGUCUCUUCUACACAGUACCACCUGGUGCAAUGCUGGCAUACAGGGAGUCCAUGGAAUCUCUUUUCAUGUAUCAUAAGAAAAUUGGCAACGCUGGACUUCGUUAUGAUUAUGAGGCAUCUGCUGCAGGGUGGGCUCAGGAUAAUGUCUACGAGGAUGAAGGCGAGGCUUCUACUUAUUUGUCACAAAAGGGUCACAAGAAGAAACACAGUAUGCAGCAGAGGAUUAAUGGUUCAAGACCAUAUGAAACUGACGUGUCUUAUGAUCCGCGCUUGGAAAGCAAGGCAGGAAACCGGCAGUUUGUUUCAAAUGGCAAAAGACCUUCAUCUUUUGUUGGAGUUCCUACAAAGCGCAUCCGCACAGCCGCCAGACAACGAGUUGUAAGCCCAUUUCCUGCUAGUGCUGGUGGGACUGCCCAAGUCACAAGUAAAACAGAUGUUUCAAGUGGAGACACAAACUCCUACCAAGAUGAUCAAAGUCCAUUACAUGGUGGGUCCUCCGCAUGGAAAAAUAUGGAAUAUGAAUCAACAGGUGAUUUUGACAGACAUGAUGGUAGCGAAGCAUGGACUAAAGCUAACAAGAAGAAGAAACAAAAGAACCCAGGAUACAAGACUGCUCAAAAUACAGCCAAUUCACGUGCCGCUGCUGUAAAGGGACGGGUCUACGAUCAGAGAUCGCAAGUUAAUCAAUAUGAGCAGAAGGAUUAUCUGAAGAAGAGACCAGAGACCCAACAAUUUUAUUCAAAUGGAACAAUUGUUGCAAAUGGUGGUCAACAUGCUUCUAAGAAGCUUAAAACGAUGAAGCAAGGGAUAUAUAUUAAACAAGAACCUUCUCAAGUUCCAUCACAGAUGAGCAAUAUGGCGCCUGCUAAUAAAAUUAUAAAGAUCAUCACUAACAAGGAUCGUGGGAGAAAAGUGAAAGCGCUAAAGAUGUCUUCUGGUGGUGGAUGGUCAAACUUCGAGGAUCAGGCUCUUGUUGUCCUUGUCCAUGACUUGGGUCAAAAUUGGGAAUUAGUAAGCGACGCAAUCAAUAACAUUGUGCAGUUCAAGUCUAUACAUAGACAACCUAAAGAAUGCAAAGAGCGCCAUAGGGUUCUUGUGGAUAAAAGUUCUGGUGAUGGUGCUGACAGUGCAGAAGACUCUGGUUCAUCUCAACAGUAUCAUUUCACCAUACCUGGCAUUCCACAGGGUAGUGCCAGGCAGUUGUUCCAGCGACUUCAAGGACCAUUUGAGGAAGAGAAUCUGAAGUCACAUUUUGAAAAAAUUAUGCUCCUCAUGCCAAAAGUGCUAUCCAGGCGUAGACAGGUUAAUAGCCGGGAGCUGAAGCCGAUCGUACUACCACAUAGUUCUCAUGUUGUUGCACUUACACAAGCAUGCCCGAACAACUUAUCUGGGGGCAUUUUGAUGCCACUUGAUCUUUGUGAUGUAAAUCUGAGCCUCGAUACAGUCACACCUGGCAGCGGAAACCAGAUUUCUCAUGCAAACGGGGUGACACUGUCGAAUCAACAUGGUUCUUCUGGUCCUACUACCACUCCUCCUACUCCCAAUCCAAAUUCGAGGUUACCAGGGUCUCCUGGUAUGGUUCUGGGCAGCAACUUUUCGCCACCUUCAACACUGAGUGCUCCUUCUAGGGAUUCUCAGAAAUACGGUGUUCCUAGACCAGCCUCUAUACAGGGUGAUGAGCAACAGAAGAUUCAGUAUAAUCAAAUGCUCAGUGGUAGAAAUCUUCAGCAACCUGGAGCUGUUCCUGCAACAAGUCCUGGUGCUCGUAUGAUGCCUGGUGCUCAUGGUGUUGGAAUGAUGACAGGGGUAAAUCGAGGUAUGCCUGCAGUCAGGGCAGGCUUUCCAAGAGCUGGUUCCCCAGGAAUGCUGAAUAUGGCAUCGACAGGAAACAUGCCACUCAAAAGUGUGCAAGGAGUGCCAAAUGCCAUGUCUCCCGCUGGAAAUUCUAUGAUGAGGCCACGCGAUCCUAUGCAGAUGCUUCGUCCUGGUCAGCAGCAGCAUAUGGUGAGGCCGGAGCACCACAUGCAGGUUUCACAGGGAAAUAGUCAAGCUGCCCAUUUCAGCAGCAUGAAUCCAUCAUUCUCCAAGGCUGCAGCUUCUUCGCCUCUUCAGCAAACCCAAAGGCCACAUCAGAUGUCACAACCACUGAAUAUGUUGGGUAACCCGCAUCUUUCCCAGACCCAAGGAACCAGCCAUCCAAGCCCACAGCAGCAGCCAUAUUCUACUAUGCCUAUGCAGCUGGCUAAGGAAAGACAAUAUCAACACCGUUUGGUGUCUCAACAGCACAACAGCCUUCCUGUAGCAGGCGUGGUACCUGGUGUGCAGAACGGACCGCAGAUUCAGCAGCAGAACCAUGCAUCUCCGGUCACUUCAACCCCUUCUGCGCUACCACUGCAUCAGAAGCAGCAGUCUGCACAAAGCCCAACAGAUAGCUCUGCACUUGCCAAUCGACCUGCCAAUGCUACAGAACCUAAGCAGAAGAAACAGCAGGGUCAACAGCAGCCUAGGCAGAAUCAACAACAGAGGAACCAAGCUAGUCAACAAGCUAAGCUUAUGAAGAGUCUAGGACGAGGAAACAGCACGGUGGCACCUCAGACUCCUGCAGCCGACGCAAUUCCACCCAGUGCUGUUCCUACAGCCUCCAAGAAACAAGUUCCUGACAGAAAUCUGAUGCAACACGGGCAAGGGUCCUCGGCUGGUAAUAAACCGGUUACACCUCAGCCUGGGAAUCAACAUAAGCUAUAUGCCUCGGUGCAGCAGCCUCCAAAUAUCGGUAACCAAGGCUUGGUGCAGGGUCCUCCUAGUCACACCGUCUUCGCUGCACAACCGCCCCCACUCCAUUCCAGGUACCCUGUGACCACGCAGCAGCGGCCGAUGAAUCCAGCACAGAACAACAUCCAGAGAAUGAUGAUGCAACAAAGCCUCCAAAUGAAGCCCGACCCUAGGAUGGACGCACAGAUGGACCAAGUCCAGCACAGUCAGGCGAUUCCAGCUACGCCUACAUCUCACAGUUCAGAGGCAGGCAGUCCUGGGCUUUCAGCGCAUGACCCAGCUGCAGUCACAUCGACAUCUAAGCCGCUCAGCUCCCCCAAGGACAAUUUUGCCGGGAACGAAACUUCGGUGCCAUUGUCGUCUAGCCAAGGCAUGCUGCAGAGGCAACUUUCAGGGGGAUCAUCAUCCGGCCAAGGCAUGCUGCAGAGGCAGAUUUCAGGGGGAACAUCAUCCAGCCAAGGCAUGCUGCAGAGGCAGAUUUCGGGCGGGUUGGUGCCUGUGCAUGGACAAGAGGUGGGUGGCUCGUGGCACCAGCAGCAGCUGUCUAGGCCGCACCUGCCUCCUCCGCAUCACCAGCAGCAGCAGCCUCAGCUCCAGCAGAGACCGGUUGGUCCAGGCAGCAUGUAUGCUCCCCCAAACCCAGGGUCAGGUGCUCCGGGCAGCAUGUAUGCGCCCCCGAAUCCAGGGCCGGGCUGAUGGAAUGUCGACCGGCUGGUCGUAUGCAUGGAGCAUCCCUUGUCUCUGAAAUCCAAAGUUACUGUACAGGUGUCGGACCGAUGUAUGGAAUGGAACGGAACGGAAGUCGUUGCUGACAGUGGUCCUGAACAAACCGACUUUUGCUGUUUUGUUGUUAGGUGGUAGAUAAGAUGAUGAUUUGGCAAUGCAUUGCCUGCCACCCCUCCUUUUUGAGGUUGGUCGGCUGGUUGCAGUCUAGAUAAGUGAGAUAGAUUGGUAUGAUGAUGGAGGAGGAAGGAGGAGGUGAGGUGUUUUGUUUUCCGUGUCUCGUCGGAUGGAUGGAUGAUAACCGGAAGGCUGUACAUGCUGCUGCUGCUGCUUAUGCUUGUUGGUUGGUGGUAGAGUCAGAGUGUCUCUUGAGUGACUGUAUAAAUUUGUUGUCGUUUUAACUUAUGACAGUGGUACAACAAGUUGAUUAAAUGCGACAGUGAAUGGUUGAAAGAGUU